CCCAACGCAAUAGUUCAAGAAACGAUGAAGUUGGUCAACUCACAGCGUUUGUCACAAAGAGCAAGAUACAAUUACCUACACUGCACGCUGGCGGCCAUAUUUUCUCUCCUUCACAACAAAAUCGUAAACACAACCUAACUUUCGGUCGGUUCGUGCUUCCAAUUUUGGAAUUUGACUGAUUGUUCAUCGAACGGCGCUGUCCUUUUCCAACUAGUUGCCUCACAAGAACAUGAUGUCGAGGUCCGUACGAGCUGAAACUCGAAGCCGAGCCAAAGAUGACAUUAAACGGGUGAUGCAGGUUGUGGAUAAGGUUAGACACUGGGAAAAGAAAUGGGUAACCAUUGGAGACACAACAAUGAAGAUCUUCAAGUGGGUCCCAGUUAUUACCAUGGAUCAGAAAAAGAAGGGAGUUGGGCACUCAAACAAAGAAAACAAUCCUACCAAGCGGCCUGCAGUGGAGGCAUCAAAUUCUAACUUUGGGUUAGCUGAAGAUUCUAACACAUCAUUUUCUAUGGUAAGUGACUCUCAAGGCCCUACAGAUUUCACAGCUCAGCUUGGAUUUUCAGAAGACUCAAAUUCUCAAAGCAGUGAACCAGGAAGCAAAAGAUUGAAAACUGACCACAGUUCGUAAAGUAAUUGUCAUUAAGAAAUUUAAAAAAAAAUUGUAAUUUUGUUUUUAUGUGUGCUAAAUAUGAAAAUUGAUUGUAGAUUUCAUGUAGAAAUAAUCCCAAACUGUACAUAGUUCCAGUAUGAUUUAUUCUUUGUAACAAACUUUGAAAUUUGUUGAAAUUCAUCAUGUUGCUAAUUGUCAUGCGAUGUUAAAACUUCGCUUUGUAAUUUGUAUUUAGUUUCACCAUCUGUUUUGUUUCCCAUAGCUUGAAAAUCAAUUUCUAAUGAGGUGAUAUUUAACAGAUAUAUCCUAAUAUCUAUAUUUAUUAUUUGUAGAUCUCUUUAUGUUAUCAUGUGUGAGUUGAAGCUUUUCAUUGAUCUUUGUAACAUGUACAUUAUGACAAUAUACCCCCAUUUGUAUGGCAUUGUGCAAUGUAUAUAUUAAAUUAUCACAUUCAGAUACAAA